ACCUUAAAAACACUAAAAAAAUUCUGUACCUGCGGAGGGAACAGAGAGAUUCUACUCCAGCGCUACACAAGUCAACCCAACGUCCGUUAAUCCGUACCAGCCCCUGGCCAACAUCAACAUGGUGGUGGUGACGACGCAGGAUUCCGGAAUCCUUGCACGGUUCCCCACCAACCCCGCGUCUUCCCAGCCGCGCAACAUCGCCACCCCCACCCCGCCGCCCACGCACCAAGGCCUGCCCAAUAAAUCCUCCGCGCUCCGCGCCCGCCGCCGCCCUACAACCCUAGCCGCCCUCCCUGCCGCCGCCGCCGUCAUGGUGAGCGCCGAGGCCAGCAUCGAGCGCGUGCUGUGGACGGAGGCCGAGGUGGCCGCCCGCGUGGGCGAGGUCGCCGCCGAGCUCGCGGCCGACCUGCGCGCGCUGCCGGAGCCCGCGGUCGUCGUCGGCGUCGCCACGGGCGCGUUCCUCUUCCUCGCCGACCUCGUCCGCCGCGUCGACGCGCCGCUCGCCGUCGACUUCGUGCGCGUCGAGUCCUACGGCGGCGGGACCGAGUCCAGCGGCAAGCCCCGGAUCACGGCCGACCUCAAGGUCGACGUCGCCGGGAAGCACGUCGUCGUGGUUGAGGAUAUUGUGGAUACAGGGAAUACUCUCUCAUGUCUCAUUGCUCAUUUAGAAAAGAAAGGGGCAUCAUCCAUAUCGGUUUGCACUUUCCUUGACAAACCAGCAAGAAGGAAAGUUAAUAUACAGCUUGUGGGGGAUGGAAAAUUCUACAGUGGCUUUGAGUGCCCGGACUACUUUGUUGUUGGUUAUGGUUUGGAUUAUGCAGAGCUCUACCGCAACCUGCCUUAUGUCGGAGUUCUCAAGCCUGAGAAGUACAAAAAGGAUUCAAGCAAUUAGACCGGAGCCUCAACUUGCACCACGUGCAAGAGGGCAGAGUUACAAAUGAUACAAACAUUGCAGUUUUGCUUAACUUUGUACAAGAAAGAAGCAGAAAGCCUGCUAAUUUACCUUUUUCUCCUUCUAAGCUCCGGAAAACUGCAGCUUCCCAGAUUUCAGCAGCAUAACAGAAGAUGUAUCACUGUCGUCUUUGUUCGUCGCCGCACCGCAACCCUGAAGGGAAAGAUGUGGUUGUAUGACAUGUUAAAUUCACUUUACAGGCCGAACAGCAUAUCUCGUACAUCUGAGAAGUUUCAGUGUGCUUGUGUGUUC